AUGUCUUUCUCCCACUCCGACCACAACCACGAUCCCGACCGCCGAUCCCAGCAGCAACCACCGCAGCCCCGUCUCUACAACCCGUACCAGGACCUCAACACCCCGAUCAAAACCCUCUACAACCUACCCACAUCGCCGGAGUACCUCUUCUCGGAGGAAUCCGUCAAGCAGCGCCGCUCGUGGGGCGAGAAUCUCACCUUCUACACCGGCACCGCCUACCUGGGCGCCUCCGUCGGGGGAGGCGCCGCGGGGCUCUACUCAGCGGUCAAGGCGUUCGAGCCGAACGAUACGCUCAAGCUCAAGGUGAAUCGCGUCCUCAAUAGCUCCGGCCACGUGGGCCGGGUCUGGGGGAACCGGACCGGGAUCGUCGGAUUGAUCUACGCGAUGGCAGAGAGUGGGAUUGUUGCGGCUACGGAUCGGGAUGACGUUUGGACCAGCGUUGCGGCCGGGCUCGGGACCGGCGCCGUUUGUAGGGCGGCGAGAGGGGUGAGGUCUGCUGCUGUCGCUGGGGCUUUGGGAGGGCUGGCUGCAGGAGCUGUGGUGGCUGGGAAGCAGGCGAUGAAGAGGUAUGCCAUGAUUUGA